UCUACCGUAAGCACAAAGGAAAGUGAUUUAGGAGGCCUUUGGUUUUCCUACAUGGCGGGAGCAAGAUUAGCAUCAAGGCUCACACACUCGCCCGCACACCAGCUCUCUCGCACAGCCGCCGCCGCCGCCGCCGCAGCUGCGGCCUCUUGGCGCCGUCGCCGGGAUUCCGUUUCCCUCCCGCGAGGUUCUGUUUCCAGAAUGUCCUGCUCAGUUGGAAGCAGCAAGGUUACAAGGGUGCUAUUCUGCGGCCCCUAUUUUCCUGCUUCUACUAUUUACACCAAGGAGUAUUUGCAGAGCUAUCCAUUUAUUGAGGUUGACGAAGUAGGCCUUGAGCAGGUACCUGAUGUUAUUCAAAAUUACCAUAUAUGUGUAGUAAAAAAUCGACGCAUAGAUUCAGAUAUCAUUGCCAAGGCAACCCAGAUGAAGAUUAUUAUGCAGUAUGGUGUUGGGUUAGAAGGCGUUGAUGUAAAUGCUGCUACUGAGCACAAAAUUAAAGUUGCACGGAUACCUGGGAGUAAGACAGGAAAUGCGGUGUCUUGUGCAGAGAUGGCAAUUUAUCUUACCCUCGGUGUUCUGCGGAAGCAAAAGUUGAUGGAUAAUGCUGUCAAUCAGAAGGACCUGGGCAGUCCAACAGGAGAAACAAUAUUUGGAAAAACAGUCCUUAUCCUGGGGUUUGGAGCCAUUGGCGUGGAAAUUGCCAAGAGGCUAAAACCAUUUGGCGUAAAAAUUCUUGCUACAAAAAGAAAUUGGUCAUUAGGCUCAUUGUCAUGUGAUAUUGAGGGGCUUGUAGAUAAAAAAGGUGGACCAGAAGAUAUGUAUGAACUUGCUGGAGAAGCUGACAUAGUCAUAACAUGCUUGCUACAAACCAGUGAAACAGUUGGAAUUGUUGAUAAUAUGUUCCUCUCAGUGAUGAAAAAGGUAUGUACAUUUCCUUCUGACACACUGAUAUGGAGAAUUCAGGAGGUAGAGAUCGGGGAGGUUUUGAAGAGGAUAAAGGGAGGUAAAGCGAUGGGCCCUGAUGGUAUCCCCAUUGAGGGGUCAUAUCUGGUCAAUAUUGCUAGAGGACGUCUAUUGGACUACAAGGUUGUGUUUGAUCACCUCGAGUCAGGUCAUUUAGGUGGUUUGGGCAUUGAUGUUGCUUGGACAGAACCAUUUGAUCCAAAUGAUCCAAUUCUGAAAUUCUCGAAUGUUAUUUUAACACCACAUGUGGCUGGAGUCACCGAAUACUCUUACAGAACUAUGGCAAAGGUUGUUGGUGAUGUUGCUCUCCAGCUUCAUUCAGGAGAGCCAUUCACCGGAAUUGAAUUUGUGAACUAGAUCCAGAGGUGGCAGCCGGCCUUGAUGUUGUCUGCUGAAUUCAGACAGGGUACUGGAAUUGUUUGUGUGUGAGACGUGCAUUGUUCCAAGUGCAUAGGGAAUAACUUAUCGGCAAUGCCAGUAAGAAAUAAUUGUCGCUCUCCCGAAAUUGAAUUUGGGUGAAGCAAAAUUACACAUUGCAGCAGGUCUAUCCACAUUGAUCUGCACAAAAGAAACAAGAAUAGUGUUUUUUUGCCUUAUUUUCGCAUAGAUAUUGCUUGGAAGUAAAACAGUUUCCCAGCAAGUGGGGCUGAAUGCCAUUGUACGUGUUCUCUUUGUCAAUUAUGUAGUUGAUAAAAUUUGUUCGGAAUCAUUACAAAUAAUUUGUCAGUUUACAUGGUUUAGUUUGUCACAUAUCAUAUUUGUGCAGAAGAAGAUUCAGGUGCAUGCUUGUAAAUAUGGAACUGCAUUAUUAAAGUAACUAUAACCACGAUCAACUUCCAGCUA